AUGUGGGAGCCUCCAGGACAGAAUCAAAGCUGUGUUUCUGAGUUCAUCCUGCUUGGCUUCUCCAGUGAUCCCACAACCAACAGGAUCCUUUUCAUUGCCUUCCUCCUUCUCUACCUGAGCUCAGUCCUGGGCAAUGGGCUUAUAGUCACCUUGAUCUGCCUGGACUCACAUCUCCACACCCCCAUGUACUUCUUCCUCUGUAUCCUCUCCCUGCUGGAUAUGGGCUAUGUGUCUACCACCAUGCCCCAGAUGUUGGUGCAUCUCCUUGUUCACUCUCAAACCAUCUCCUUUGCUCGGUGUUGGAUACAGAUGUAUGUGUUUGGUGCUCUAGCUCUGACCGAGUGUAUCUUCUUUGUGGUCAUGGCUUAUGAUCGAUAUGUGGCCAUUUGCCACCCACUGCGUUACAUGGUCAUCCUUAGCUGGGACUUAUGCACACAGCUGACGGUAGGAACCUGGACUUGUGGUUUCUUCUUUUCUCUGAUCCAUACCUUCUUCACCAUGAAGCUGCCAUACUGUGGGCCCAACAUAGUCAACCACUACUUCUGUGAAGGCCCCUCAGUACGGAGCUUGGCUUGCAUGGACACCCACUCCAUUGAACUGGUGGACCUGGUCAUCAGUGUCUUCAUGGUUGUUGCCCCACUCUCCCUCAUCUUGGCCUCCUACAUCCAUAUUACAUUGGCUGUUCUCAAGAUCAAGUCUACCAGGGGUCGCUGCAAGGCUUUCUCCACCUGUGCUUCCCACCUGACUGUGGUCACAUUCUUUUAUGCUCCAGCUACCUACAUCUAUAUGAGGCCCAACUCCAGCUACUCCCCAGAACAAGACAAGCAGAUCUCACUCUUUUACAAUGUGUUUACUGCUCUGCUCAAUCCUGUGGUGUACAGUUUGAGGAACAAGGACAUUAAGGGAGCUUUUCUCAAAGUAAUGGGAUGUGGAAGCAUGACUUUGCAAACUGGAAGCAGGAGGGCCUGGAUUAGAAUAUCCAAUAUUAGAAUUAGGAAGCACAUAUAG